AUGUUGCUGUAUUUCUUACUGGCUGUGGACAUUAGCUUGGCCGCUCCACUGAACAAAGAUGUAUACAAGCUGCCACCCAGUGCCUUGGAAGAGUUGUCGAGCAAAGGCACAAUAAUUCUGGAAGCAGCCUUGAAGAAUGCAUUAUUAGUGCUAGAUGAAGUGCUGAAGAACAGAAAUCUCCACCUGAAAGAAUGCAACUACUGUGCAGCAUGUCUAUUUAAGAACUGCGGCAAUAGAACAACUCAGUGUGUUUCGGGGUUCAUGCCUACCUCCGAACCCAGCUGUGACACUAUUUCAAGAGCACAGUUGAUGGAACCUGAAUCUGAGCGUCAAUGGGAGCUGAGUAAGGCCUGUUGGUAUUAUCAGACAUAUUGUCCAGAAGGAGGGCGUCGUCAGACAGGCAACACGAAGAGCCUGAAUUCUGUGCUAAACUCAGAAAAGAAAGUCACUUGUGGUCAGAAAGCAGCAGCAUCCAAUGACACCGUUGCCAUGGGGAAGAUUGUUGGCGGUAACAUAGCAGCUCCUGGUAGCUGGCCGUGGCUGGUGUUGUUAAAGCUGAAUGGGAAUGUGAUGUGUGGAGGCGUGCUGGUGCAGCAUUCAUGGGUAGUGACAGCAGCACAUUGCUUUACAGGUAACAGAAAUGAGAAUUACUGGCAAGUGGUCAUUGGUGAAUAUGACUUGAAAAAGCAAGAUACUGAGGAAAGAAUUUUGCAAGUCAAUCGGAUUAUCACACACCCCAAGUUUAAUCAAAGAACAUUCAAUAAUGACAUUGCCCUCCUGGAGCUGACAAUGCCUAUAGCCAUAUCAGAACAUGUGAACUUUGUGUGUUUGCCAGACAGCAUUGGGGAGCUUCCUCCUGGGAUGAUGUGUUACAUUGCUGGUUGGGGUUCACUCUAUGAAGAUGGCCCAUCUGCAGAUGUACUAAUAGAAGCACAAGUGCCUUUAUUGGGUCAGAGCACAUGUAAAUCUGCACUUGGGAAGGAGCUGGUCACCAAUCAAAUGUUCUGUGCUGGGUACCUAUCAGGCAAUGUUGACUCCUGCCAGGGAGACUCUGGAGGACCAUUGACCUGCAUAGAUCCUGUAUCUAAACAGUAUUACCUGUAUGGGAUUACAUCCUGGGGGGAUGGCUGUGGCCAGCGUGGAAAACCAGGGGUUUACUCCAGGGUAUCAAGUUUUAUAAACUGGAUUAACAAUGAAAUAAAAAAAUCGCCUGGAAGUCGAGAGCCAACCUGCUUUGACUUUUAUAAACUCUCAGAGAUGCAGGAUGCACAGCGAAAGUCUGAGUUUACCAAACUCUGUGCCUUCUAUAGCAAGCUCUGCCCACCAUUACUGGAAACAACAGCUUGCAGCCGAUGCAUUGAGGAGAGAUGCAAAAUGAAAAUGAAAAAUUGUGAACUCAGGACAUUCCUACAGAAUCUGCUGGACCUGCUUCACCCCGUGGAAGAAUUUAUCCGUAGUCGAGCCAGCUUCUCAUUCUUCACAGAGACGAUCCCAAAAUUCAUGGAGGAAAUUUACACAAACAUUUUCUCAUCCCAAGAACAGCAUUUAUCAAAGCAUGAGAAAGAACAGAUACAAACAACUGGUCUGAAAGAAGAAAGACAUGUACGGUCUCUGGAGACUGAUUUAGGGUCCGAGGUUCAACAGAAUAUCAGCAAUAGAACUGUAGAAAUGGGAACAAUAGACGUUCAAACCUUGUUCAAGGAUAUUGGACCAGAUUUGGACAACUGGAUCAAUUACUUUACUGCGAUCACGGAAAGCUUUCAGUCUAUAGAUUUCAUUGAAGAAGACAGGGAAAAAGAAAGUACAGUCAGAAAAGAAAGGCAAUUCUUUUUCCAGCACGUCUUGGAAAUGAAAAAGAGUCCUAAUGUAAAGCAACUAUUUUUAAUAGGAUUAAACACUUCAAAAAAUGAUUUGAAGGUGAAAAAACGUGAUGUUUCUAAAGGUCUGCCAGACUCUGGAGCCUUUCUGAAAACCAACAAUGAGUUGUCAGUUUGUUGUCAGACUGUCAAUGAAUCACUGCUGAAUGUCAGUUUAUUGAUGGAUGAAUAUAAAUGGAUUCUGACUAUACCAACAGAGGAAUUGUCAAUGAGAUUUCAAGAGGUUCUGGUAGACAUGGCUUCUAAAAACGAAAAAGGGCUAUUUAAAGCACGUGUGAAAGCCAUGGUUGGAGGCCGGCCUGCAACCUUCCACAGUCUGGUUGGAUUGGAGAAUGAUUCCUUUUACAGGAGCAUGGCACGAGUUAUUGCCCUGGCCUUGGAUGCUUCAAAAACAUAG